AUGAUAUCGGCAAUGCCAGCGGUGGCCGUCCGCCGCGAGCGGCGGCGCAGCAAGAGCGGCCGAGGUCUGUGCUCUCGCCAGGGCAGCAUCGCCUCGCUACCGCACCGGCCCGACAGCAUGUCGACACUCAGCUCCGUGCCCAACGCGCCGGCGGCACGUCGGUGGCGGAAGAGGGGGGGCACCAUCCAGGAUCAGCGAGCCCGCGUGCUCAUAUACCUGGCCACAUUGCUCCUGGUGGCCGGACUCAUCCUGCUCUUCAUCGGCGUCGGGGCACGAGUGAAUCACACGCGCACCGUCGGACUGCUCUUCAUCGCAGUCGGCGCGCUGCUGUGCCUUGUCAAGGUAUUUAUCACCCCGGAAAAUCACCACACCAUUGUGCGGCGAGCGAGGCUGGUGUCUUCGCGCGAGUCCCUCUACGUGGCGCCAGCAGUCAAGAGCGUGCCCGAGGAAACCACGGAGCAGGUGCGCCGGGAAGCUCAGGAUUCCGCGGCAGGAGCCACCGCUGCGGCUCCCACCAAGACCAGCCCUCUGAUGGACGCGCACACAGCUCUGCCGCACACCAACAACAGCAACAGCGGAAGCAGUCCGGCGCACAGCUUGCACGCGGCGGAGACGCAAGGACUCAUAUCCGAACGGGGUCCGCAGCUCACUGAAGGCCGCUUUUGA